GAUCAUUUUAAAUGUGACAUUUGGAACGUCUAGAUAUAAAUAUCGAUUUUGUUUUUAAAAUUAAAAAACAUGGGAUAUUCUGAUAUUCUAAAUUAUAUAGUUUAUGAAAACCCAGUUUCACAAACAGCAAUAUCAAUAAUUUCGGGCAAAAAAGAUUUAUCAUCAAGUGCUCCUUCAGUAAAAAUAAUUACAGAAAAAGUUCCAUUAUGGAAGUUGGCAGCCGAACAUGGUCCCUUUAUCAAAAUUGCGGGAGUAAUGGGUGCUACAGCAGUGGCUCUAGGAGCGUAUGGAGCACACAGAACUUACCCGAAAGAUAAAGGGCAAGAACUCAAACCAAUUUUUGAUACAGCAAAUCGAAUGCACUUUUUUCAUUCUUUGGCACUUUUGGGAGUCCCUAUGUGCAAAAACCCUAAAAUUACUGGCACGUUACUUAUAUCAGGCACCAUUCUAUUUUCUGGUACCCUUUAUUACAACGCUUUUACUGGAGAUCGCAAAUUGGCAAAGUUGGCACCCAUCGGAGGCACAAUACUUAUUAUAGGAUGGCUGUCGAUGAUUGUUUAGAUUCAAACAUAGUUUUUAGAUAAUAAACAUGAUUAUGUCCCUGAUGUGUGUACAACUACCUAGGUAUUUAAUCUAAACUUGUGUAAUGUUUCAGAUGAACAUAUUUAAAUAAAAUUUAAAAUCCCUUAAGUAUUUUUACAAUCUAACUUAUAAUUAAAAGGACCAUGCACUUUUCUUAUGCAAACGGGAGUACCGUCAAAAUGUCUGAAUUUUUUAUAUGUUAAAUUACUUGAUGUCCCCAUCAAAAGUGUACAUGGGCCCAAUCGUACCUAUCCUAUGACUAGAUUUUGAGAUACAGGGUGUUGAAGUUAGAAAUC